UCCUCAAAUGCAAAUAUACCUGUGUCGAAAGAGCAAACGACGCACCUGACGCUUCCCAGGGGAUCUGGAAGGCCGAAGUCUCUAUUGUUCUAAAGCGUUUACUCUGCCAUGGCUCGACCACUCCCUGCAGUGACUGUGAAUUGAGGUUUCGCAUAAUCCCGCCCUCCCCGGAGUUCUGAUACACAACGCCUCAUCUCAUUGCCAUUGGGAAAACCACCUCGCCUGUUGUGGCAAACGGGCAGUUUUAACCGGCCAACACCGUUUGUGGAUGUAUGUAAAAGUGUCAGAGGCUCAGGAGAUUGAGGGGACGUGAAUUUCACAUAGCCUACAUUAGGACACCGAAUUUACCGGGUUCACCUGUACAGACAUGAAGCCUUUUUUCCUGCUUGCCACAUUAUUGUGGUGUUUAGCUGCAAAUUUCUCCUGGGCAGCUAAGAUAGUGGUAGUUCCUCCAAUUAUGUUUGAGAGCCACCUGUAUAUCUUUAAGACCCUGGCCUCUGCUCUCCAUGCUGAGGGCCAUGAAACAGUUUUCCUGGUCUCCGAAGGUCGGGAGAUCCCGCCUUCCAACCAUUAUCGUCUCCAGCGCUACCCUGGAAUCUUUAACAGCACCUCAGCUGACGACUUCCUCCAAUCAAAAGUUCGCAACAUCUUUUCGGGGCGUCUCACAGCACUGGAGCUGUUUGAUAUCCUAGACCACUAUUCUCAAAACUGUGAUGCCGUUGUUGGGAGUGCUUCUGUCAUGGAGCAGCUAAAACAUGAAAGUUUUGAUCUCCUGCUCGUUGAUCCCAAUGAGAUGUGUGGAUUUGUCAUUGCUCACAUCCUGGGUGUCCAGUACGCCGUAUUCAGCACAGGAUUGUGGUACCCUGCGGAAGUUGGGGCGCCAGCACCUCUGUCUUACGUCCCAGAAUUUAACUCUCUGCUAACGGACCGUAUGUCAUUGUUGCAACGGGUAGCUAACACAGCAGUGUACCUGGUUUCCAGGUUUGGUGUCCAGUUCCUGGUUCUACCCAAGUAUGAUCGCAUCAUGAGGAAGUACAACAUCCAGCCAUCGGUGUCCAUGCAUGAUCUGGUUCAGAACAGUCGACUCUGGAUGCUGUGUACUGACCUGGCACUGGAGUUCCCACGACCUACUUUGCCACAUGUUGUCUAUGUUGGGGGCAUCCUUACCAAACCCCCCAGCCCCUUGCCACAGGAGUUUGAAACCUGGGUGAAGAAUACAGAUGAACAUGGUUUCGUGGUGGUGUCGUUUGGUGCAGGAGUGAAGUAUCUGUCAGAUGACAUUGCUCAGAAACUUGCUGGAGCCUUGAGCCGUCUACCCCAGAGAGUCAUUUGGAGGUUUUCUGGAGUUCCUCCCCCAAAUCUUGGCAACAAUACUAAACUAGUGGACUGGAUGCCUCAGAAUGACCUGUUGGGACAGACAAACACACGGGCCUUCUUGAGCCACGGGGGCUUGAACAGCAUCUAUGAGGCCAUGUAUCACGGUGUGCCCGUGGUGGGUGUCCCGCUGUUUGGAGAUCACUAUGACACCAUGACACGAGUUCAGGCCAAAGGCAUGGGCAUAAUGCUUGAGUGGAAAAGGAUGAGUGCGGAAGACCUUUAUACUGCCAUGGUUAAUGUCAUUACAGACAAAAGGUAUCGUGAGCGAGCGCAGUUGCUGUCUCAGAUUCAUAAAGAUCAGCCUGGUCAUCCAGUGAAUCGGGCAGUUUACUGGAUUAGCUAUAUACUCCGUCACCAUGGCGCCGAUCACCUCCGCACUGCAGUCUACGAGAUCCCCACCUACCAGUACUUCUUAUUGGAUGUUUUCGUUGUGAUAGGAGUGUGUCUGCUUCUUCUUGGCUACUGCCUAUACCGAAUAGGCAAGUGCAUUCAAUCACGAGUGGGGCGCGGUUCAUCUCCAGGGGAAAAGGUGAAUGGACACUGUCAUAAUGGAAUUCCAAAUGGCAAGCACAAAAGAAAUGGCCAUGUUAGAAGUACAGAUAAGAAACUAAAGUAAAGCACUAGGAGAAAUCAACACUAACGCUUUACUAAAGAGAGGAAUUAACUACUCUUCACUCAGAGCAGGGCCUAUCCAGGAAAUAAAUACAUGGGUCAAUAAAGAAACAAACCAACCAUUAUAACAAUGAACUGUAAGUAGGAAGCCAAAGUAAGGAAGAAUGGAAGGAAACCUGAAAACAUAAAUGGAAAACUCCCGAGGAUGUUUUUUUCCCUGUUGAGUGGAGUUAAUGUUCAGUUGUUCAAUGGUCCUGAAUGUUGAGUUUAUCCUUGUGGAAAAAGGUUUUGAAGUUAAGAAAUGAGUGGUUUUAACAAGAAGUUAUCAUGGGGCAUCAGGUUUGACUACAUCCAAAUACAAUAAAGAUCUCUAUCUAUUUAUAUAAA